CGCGCUGCACAGGCAACACCGUAACGAGGCCACGGCGAGGUGGAAAGUCGUGGUUUGUAGGCAGUUGUGUUCAACAGAAGAACAGGAAACUAUGUCGUACACUAAGCUUUUAGCAUCUCUUGUUCGGGCAAACCCGGGAAAUGUCAGGAAAAUACGCAUUUCACCUGGAAGAUGUCGGUUAACAGUGGCAUCCACCAAGAGCCAAAAAGAGAAAGAGCCACAGAUUGAUGGGUGCACCGUGGUGGAAGCUGUGCCGCUUGAACUCAUCAGCCAGACCAAAAACGUUAAAAACACGCAGUUAAAAAAAAUCCACAUCGACUUCGACAACACUCAGGAAGCCUACAAAAGCAAGGGAAACAUUGAACUGCUUCGAAGUCUGCUGGUCUUCAAGCUUUGUACAAUUGACAUCCUAGUUGAAAAGAACAAAGAGUUGAUGGAUCUGAGUAAGAAGGUGUUUGGCCAGUGGAUAUUUGAGAAGCUGAUGAAGAUGACCUUCUAUGGUCAGUUUGUGGCAGGGGAAGACCACAACUCCAUCAAACCUUUAAUUCAGAAGAAUCAGGCCUUUGGUGUGGGGGCAGUUUUGGACUAUAGUGUUGAAGAGGACUUGACACAAGAGGAGGCAGAGAACAAGGAAAUGGAUUCAUGUGUUUCUGAAGCAGAGAAAGAAAGUCCAGAUGCUGAUCAUCGUGAGAAGAAGUACAAAGCCCAUCGUCAGUUCGGGGACAGGCGUGGAGGGGUCAUUAGUGCUCGUACUUACUUCUAUGCAGAUGAGUCCAAAUGUGACAACCAAAUGGAGACAUUCAUAAACUGCAUUAGAGCCUCUGGAGGAGCCUCAGCAGAUGGAUUUUCUGCUAUCAAAAUGACUGCUCUUGGACGCCCACAGUUUCUUCUCCAGUUUUCAGAAGUGCUGGUUAAAUGGAGACAGUUCUUUAACUUCCUUGCAGAACAACAGGGAAAAUCUGAAAUGAUGCUUUUGGAACAAAAGCUGGAGCUGGAACAACUCAAGGAAAGUUUGACGAAGAUGGGUAUUGGAGCCAAGAAUGACAUAGAGAAUUGGUUUACUGGAGAAAAGCUGGGUUUGUCAGGAACAAUUGAUCUGUUGGACUGGAACAGUUUAAUAGAGGAUACAACAAAAAUCUCCAGUCUGCUUAUGGUGCCAAACCUUGAGACAGGCCAUCUGGAACCUUUGUUAAAGAAGUUUACAGCCGAGGAGGAGAGGCAGAUGAAGAGAAUGCUACAGAGAGUGGAUGUUCUGGCCAAGCAUGCCAUGGAGAAUGGGGUGAGGCUAAUGGUUGAUGCCGAGCAGACAUACUUCCAACCAGCUAUUAGUCGACUGACUCUGGAAAUGCAGAGGAAAUUUAACCGAGAAAAACCAAUCAUUUUCAACACUUACCAGUGUUACCUCAAGGAAGCCUAUGACAAUGUAACUGUGGAUGUUGAGCUGUCACGACGGGAGGGCUGGUACUUUGGUGCCAAGCUGGUGCGCGGAGCCUACAUGUACCAAGAGAGAGACCGGGCCAAAGAGAUUGGUUACGAAGACCCAAUAAACCCAGAUUAUGAGGCCACUAACAGGAUGUAUCACAAGUGUUUGGAGUAUGUGCUGGAGGAGAUCGAACACAACAGGAAAGCAAAUAUCAUGGUUGCGACUCACAAUGAGGACACAGUGAAAUUUACCCUAGAAAAGAUGAAUGAGAUGGGCCUCUUACCCACUGAGAAUAAAGUUUAUUUUGGACAACUGCUAGGAAUGUGUGACCAGAUCAGCUUCCCGCUAGGUCAAGCAGGUUUCCCAGUCUACAAGUAUGUUCCAUAUGGCCCAGUCAAUGAGGUCAUUCCUUACCUGUCUCGCCGGGCUCAAGAGAACCGUGGCUUCAUGAAGGGAUCCCAGAGAGAGCGCAGCCUGCUGUGGCGGGAGCUGAAACGCAGGCUGCUUGGUGGACAGAUUUUCUACAAGCCUGUAUACUAAGU